AUGACAUUUCGUUUACCUAAUGGCUUGUGCAUUCCUUCGAUUGCAUUUGGCACCGGUACAUCGUGGUUUCGAGGGAAUAACGAUGAUCCAGUUAAUCGUAAAUUAAUCAAUUGCAUAAAAAACGCUAUAGAACUUGGCUAUCGUCAUAUAGACACAGCUGAAAUGUAUGGGACAGAACGCGAAGUUGGGAUAGCAAUUAAAGAAUCUAUAUGCAAUCGUGAUGAAAUAUAUAUAACAACAAAAAUAUAUUGUGGUCUUGAGAAUCCUGAGCAAGCAUUGAACAACUCACUGAAUUAUUUACAAACUGACUACAUUGAUUUAUAUUUGAUACAUUCACCUUAUUUCGAUAAAACAAAUGAUGAUCAUGCAAUUCCUCAUAUACCUGAGAAUAUCAAUUUAGAACAUGUAUGGAAACAAAUGGAAACAUUUGUUGAAAAUGGUCGAGUAAAAUCAAUUGGUCUAGCUAAUUUUCAAAUAAAACAUAUAAAACAAAUCUUAUCAGUUGCACGUAUAAAACCCGUGGUUAAUCAGAUUGAAUAUCAUCCACAACUACAACAGCGUGAACUUAUUCAAUAUUUAAACGCAAAUAAAAUUCUAAUCGAAGCUUACACACCUCUGGCUUGCUUAGUGCAUAAUCCAGGCACAUCGUUAGAUAGAAUUAUUGAACAAUUAGCUCAAAAAUAUCAAAAGAAACAAGUUCAAGUGUUACUCAAAUGGUCUUUGCAAAAACAACAUGUGGUGGUGACAACAUCAUCAGAUUAUACUAGACAAAAAGAGUCAAUUGAUAUCAGUGAUUUUCGAUUAUCCAAUGAUGAUAUGGACAAAAUUGAUGAAGAAGGAUCAAAAUAUUAUUUCCGAAAACAUUGGAAAAAGCAAAUUGAAAACGACUAG